CAACCAUCUGCUCUCGCAACUCCAUCAACCUCGACGUCGACGAUACAACUGGAACCGCGAAAUACGCCAGCACCUGUAAUUAGCCACUUUUCAGGCCUGCAGCGUCCCCCGAGGAAUCUGUUCUUGCGUUCUCUUUGACAAGACCGUCGUGAUUGACGCUGCCUUGUCCUGUUGACUUGUCCGACCUCGCAUCUCCCAUCCAUCAUCUACAGCGUCAGAAGCCACCAUGUCGUCUCCCUUCUCGAUAAACGGCGGCGCCUGCGUCGCCAUGGUCGGCAAGGACUGUGUCGCCAUCGCCUGCGAUCUCCGCCUCGGUCUCCAGGCCCUCACCGUCUCCAACAACUUCCCCAAGAUCUUCCAGUACGGCGACGUCUUCCUCGGCCUGACCGGCCUGGCCACCGACGUCAACACCGUCAGCGACCUCUUCCGCUACAAGACAAACAUGUACCGCCUGCGUGAGGAGCGCGCCAUCGCUCCCCGCACCUUUGCCAACCUCGUCUCGUCGUCCCUCUACGAGCGCCGCUUCGGUCCCUACUUUGUCUCUCCCGUCGUCGCCGGCCUCGACCCCAAGACCGGCAAACCAUUCAUCUGCGGCUUCGACAGCAUCGGCUGUAUCGACUUUGCCAAGGACUUUAUCGUCUCGGGAACCGCUUCAGAGCAGCUCUUUGGCAUGUGUGAGGGUCUCUGGGAGCCUGAUAUGGAACCCGAUGCCCUCUUUGAGACCAUCUCCCAGUCACUGCUCAACGCCGUUGACCGUGACGCUCUAUCCGGUUGGGGCGCACACGUUUACAUUAUUGAGAAGGACAAGGUCACCAAGCGAUUACUAAAGGGCCGACAGGAUUAGAGCGGCGUUUUCAGAAAGGAAAGGCCUGGGAAUGUAGAGCGGGGGACAGAAUGGUGGUUCAUGUAUCUUGUAUGAAUAGAUACUCGGUCGAUACAACCGCUGGGUAAUGAGUGCAUCAGCACGCCG